AUGAAGCCCACCCAAGCUGUCAAGCAAACCCCAUCUUAUUUCUGGGGCAAUACCUCUGUGUCAAAACCUCCUCCAGUGGACGGAUAUGAAGAAUGUCGGAACCUAAUGGAUGAUUGUUCCAUUCCUCGACUUGAAAGAAUGGUUGAUAGCGGCCUGCAGAAACUCAGGUCUAUCUUUGAGGCAAUAAAUGAACCCUCAACGUCGAAUACUACUCAUUGCCCGGUAAUAUUACCAUCCAAAGGCAAUGGACUGGCACGAGAGCCAGAGAAGGUGGUCGAAUUGCUGAAUGCACGGAAUUGGCCUGAGCCGCUCUUAACGCGAGCCGCACUCUUCGGAAGUGGCCUGUUCAAUAUGUUGUGUGGAGCCUACGACGCCCACACACUCUACUCGAACUACUGUGUUGACAUGAUUUUUUUUUGGGAGCAUGCCUAUCACCAAGUGUUUCCCGACUUUGUUAAGACCCUCGAACAGGCGAUUCAUGACCCCCAUGCGCUAGUUACGCCAGCCGGCAGAGAUCGAAGGACCGCCGCGGAUUUGGCCCUGCGAUACAUGAGACAAAAGACAUCACUAGAGGAGCAAUACGUCACACAACUUUCGGGGAAAGUGGCACGCGUCAAUCGUGACCAGGCGCUACCUUUAUGGAUAUGCGAGAGUUCUAUCUGGCCGUGUGGCGUUGAGGCGAUAGCACGCGGCUUUGAUUGUGCCGCUACAGCACAUGACUUGAUGCAGAGUGUUCCGUUAACAGACAUUGUGGAUGUCGGAUCCGAUAUCCUCAACUCAGAGCUACUCAACGCGCUGUUAAAUACAGCAGAUAUAUGUGACGAGGGCGUUAUCACUGAAGAAAAGCUGAGACCUGUCUAUGAUGCAUGCGCGCAUAACAGUGCGAGAAUGUUGACUGAACGCUGGUCCGAUCCAUGCGCAAAAAUGACCAUGGCACUUUACCCCUGGCAUAUCCUUAAUGGCAGGCAUAAUUUCCUUCGCAGGGCGUUGCUCGGCUACCCCAAGGCACGGAAAACAAAUACUUGCCAGCAAGAGGCAGACUUUGGCGAAACAUUCGAUAGUGAAUACCGGACAACUGGUUUCAGCCGACCCCUGCCGAACGCCUGCAAUGGGCAUGUAUACUGCGAUCAUGUACAGCAACAACUGCAAUCAUGCUCGUUGACCCUGCAAUUUGGCCAGGGCUCCAGUUUCGGCAGAUGGUCCCAUUUCCUCUGCAAGGAUCCCAAUGAUGCUCCCUCGGUAAGACAGGUGAUGAAAAGACAAAGAGUUUAUUAUGCAUGUAUCUGCACUCUCCGAUGA